AUGGGUCACGUGACGGCGGCGCAGCGUUGCCUAGGCAGCGGCUGCGGGCGGAAAGAGGGAGGGGGCCGGUCCUCCGCCCUGGCCCGGCUGCCGGGCCACCCGGCCCCGACACAGACGCUAGCCACGAGCCGGAGCGGAGAACUGGAGCCAAGCGCGCUGAGGGCUAGCCAGCCAGGCCUGGUCCCCACCAUGAGUGCCGAGCUCAAUGUGCCCAUGGACCCCUCUGCCCCCGCCUGCCCUGAACCCGGCCACAAGGGCAUGGAUUACCGAGACUGGGUCCGACGCAGCUACCUGGAACUGGUCACAUCCAACCACCACUCGGUGCAGGCCCUGUCCUGGAGGAAGCUGUACCUGAGCAGGGCCAAGCUGAAGGCCUCCAGCCGGACCUCUGCCCUCCUGUCCGGCUUCGCCAUGGUGGCCAUGGUGGAGGUGCAGCUGGAGACCAAGUACCAGUACCCUCAGCCCCUGCUCAUCGCCUUCAGCGCCUGCACCACGGUGCUGGUAGCCGUGCACCUAUUUGCCCUGCUCAUCAGCACAUGCAUCCUGCCCAACGUGGAAGCCGUGAGCAACAUCCACAACCUCAACUCCAUCAGCGAGUCGCCGCACGAGCGCAUGCACCCGUACAUCGAGCUUGCCUGGGGCUUCUCUACCGUUCUGGGCAUCCUGCUUUUCCUGGCUGAGGUGGUCCUGCUCUGCUGGAUCAAGUUCCUCCCAGUGGAUGCCAAGGAUCAGCCAGGCUCGCAUAGCCACACGGGCUGGCAGGCCGCUCUGGUGUCCACCAUCAUCAUGGUACCUGUGGGUCUCAUCUUCGUGGUCUUUACUAUCCACUUCUACCGCUCCCUGGUGCGACAUAAGACAGAGCGCCACAACCGUGAGAUCGAGGAACUGCACAAGCUCAAGGUGCAGCUGGAUGGGCACGAGAGAAGCCUACAGGUGGUGUGAGGGACGGAGGCCUUUGUGGUUUGAUACCAGCCUGCACCGGAGAGCAACCCUCAGGCCACCACGCAGCCGGUAGGAGUAGCCAAGGGGGCUGCAUGAGAUCCGCCACGCAUCACAAGAGCCACAGUGGGGAUUGCUACACAGACUGCCCAGAUGCUGCUCCAAUAACUCCAUACUCCUGUCCUCGCAUGAAUCAGGGUCCGAAAGGAGUGAGAACAGCAUCCAUUUCAUCAUGGAGGCCAGAAGAAAAAACACAACCACGUGGCCCUGGGGACUUCCUGGUCCAAACAGAUCAGAGAGCACUGGAGAUCUCAGACAUCUGGACCUUGUGAUUGGCAGGGUAGGACGGCGAAUUCCCAAAGCCUGCUGUGAGGCUGGGCUCCAGUGGGAUAUCGCAGUGCUAGGGAGGUGGAGGAGGGUAGACCAGAUGUUCUCUGCUACAUGGUGAGUUUGAGGCUACCUGAAACAGUCAGACACAUGCACAUGCAUGCACAAGAGCAGACACAAACGUACAUAUGCACACACUCACACACACACACACACACACACACACACACAGAAUAGGCUGCUUGAGAGUGCAGAGGUGGGCCCAGGGCUAGCACAGGACAGCAUGGGUUGUGAUAAGAGACAGGGAUGUGGGGGUUGGGGAUUUAGCUCAGUGGUAGAGCGCUUGCCUAGCAAGCGCAAGGCCCUGGGUUCGGUCCCCAGCUCCAGAAAAAAAAAAAAAAAAGAGAGAGACAGGGAUGUGUUAACUGAUCUGUAGCUCAGGUUGGUUCCUUCCUCCCAACUCUGGAGAGGGUCACAGGGUGUUCAGGAUCCUGGGGCACACAGCAGCUCAACACGGGUGACGGAUACUGUUAUUGGAUCUGGGUUGCCUGGUCCUAGAGAGAUGGUGCAGUGUGGGAGGCCUGGCAUGAUUGAGGAGAAAUGUUCUAGAACCCCCCACCACAGGCUUGACGGAGGUCAGAGAUGGACACACACACACACACACACACACACACACACACACACACCAUGAAGCAGACUCUCCCACACAGAGGUGUCCAUCUCUUAGCUACAGACCUGAGCCAGCCACCCUUCCCCCCACCUAGACUGUGCCAACACAGGCAGGGGCACCAUCUCAGAGGCCAGCCAGCUCAGCUCCCUUCUGUCUGUAGCCCCCAGAUGUUGAGAGGAUAAACUGUGGAGACUUCCUGUUUUUGCAAAGUGGUUAGGCCUGUGGCUAGCCCUGUGGUUAGGCCUAUGGGCGUGGCAGGGAACAGCCCCAGCCUAAUGUAGGCAGGCCAUGGGCAGAGAAGGGGAGACCUCAACACCCCAUUGCUGGGCUCUCCAUGCAGGGCCCUGCCCCAUGCUUACACAGCUGUGCAUGAGUUUGGCAUUGUCACUACGGGCAUCUGGCCCAGCUGGUGUUGUCAUGCAUACCCUGCGGUACAGCAGCAGCUUGCGUGGGAGCCAACGCUCCCCCAUUUCUGCAGCAUUACCUAGGGGGGGCUGUGGUCUCUUACUCUGUAUAUAAAUGGCCGCUGGGCUCCCAUGAGCGCCAUUUCCAUUUCUUACAACAGCUUUUCUCUGGAGUCUGGAUUUGGUGCCCAUGGGAUCCUGGAGGGCCCCACCACCAUCCCGAGGUCUCUGGAAAUGGGACAUACUGCCAAGCCUAAACUUAACAUGAAGAGGGCCCUGGGGAGCCUUGUGGAGAUCUUCCUUGUAAGCUGUGACAUCAGUGGAGAACUGGGACAUGGUGUCUUGUGACUCCAGGGAAAACCCUCAGCCCCUGCAGACAUCUGUCUGAGACCCCUUGUAUAUCAGAUUUCUGUUUUCCUGGGGUCUUUUGGGAAGCCCAGCCUAGUUUGGUUUGUUUGUUUGGCAGAAGAAUGCUAGAAUCCUGGGUGGAUGAGAUGGCUUCAGUGGGUAAAGGCACUUGCCACCAAGCCUGGAGACCUGAGCUCCGCCCCCAUCCUCUGACCCACACCCAAGUAAAUAUAAUGAGAAAAAGAAUUGAUUAUCAGAAUCACCAUAAGAUGGUGUGCAGGCAGGGGGAAGGGAAGGUGACCUUUUGGAGUGAGCCGCUUCCCACUCGGGCACGCCCUGAAACGGCACUCAUAAAUCAAACAUGGCCGGGUGUGUCUGUCAUCUAAGCAUUCAGGAGGCAGGAGGAUCUAGAGUCCAAGUUCACAAUGAGUUCUAGCUUGGGCUGGACAGAUUUUGUAUCAAAAAAAAAGGGGGGCUGCAGAUGGCCCCAGUAGUUAGGAAUGCUUGCUGCUCUUGCAGAGGGCCAGAGUUCAUCUCCCAGCACCUACAUAGGGCAGCUUACGACUGCCUGUAAGUCAAGUCCUAGAGGAUCCAACACCCUCUUCUGGCCUCUGCAGGCACCCACACAGAUGUGCAUGUACAUAUACGACAUAAAAAGGGGAUUCUUGUUGGGCGUUGGGUCCAUUCCUUCUGCCUAUUUUCUGAGGCCAUUUGGUCCGGCACUUGGUGCAGUGUGUGACUCCCAUUAUCCCGUUAGUCUUCCUAGUGCCAAGCAUGGGACAACCAUCUGUGCAUGAACAUCUGCCCAUGUGGUGACUCACAGGCAGGAGUCACAGGGCCACCCCACAGCGCUGUCAGGAGUUGAAGGAUAAGCCCUUACCGUGAACAGUGGCAGAAGCCAGUAGGCUCAAGGCUGGAAGUUUGGUUUCUGGAGGCAUAACCUGAUUUUGAAUCCUGUUCUAACUGCGGCCACGUGGCUAGAACUACUGUGGGCCCCCUGGGGCCGGCACAGGCUUGCCCUAAUUUCAUCUAUCCAAGAUUCAGCCCUUCCUGGUGCUCAAGGGACCAGUGUCCUCAGACACACCAAGGCCCUUCCCAACAUGGCCUCCUUGUACCCUUGGCCACAAAGUCUCCAAAUUCAAGUGUUUCAACUUAAGAAACUGCAAAGGCAGACCAUGAUUGGUGUCUUGGUGUCUUUUGGGAAAGUCUACAGAAAAUAAACUACAGGAGCGCAGAGGACUCAAGAUUGUGCCACUAUUUAUUUCCGCAGUAAAUAAUUCCUUUCCUGUGUGUGGAUUUUUUUUUUUUUUUAGCAGUUGCCCUGGGUUGAGCUGAAUAAACUAAUACAGCUUUUAAAAC